AUGGCAUCAAUCUCUGAGGCUGUUUCAAAUCCCCUUCAUUCUUCCAUGGAUGACGCCCAUACUGUUACCACGCCGCGUGAGGCACUGGCGAAGACCUUUGACUGGAGCUUUGUACCUAACUGCAAUGACGGAGGGUUUACGUUCUGGUCUAAACAUUGCGUGCCCGUGUUGUCCUCACUGCUGCGUAAUGUUGGAUCUUAUACCGAAGAGCAGCAAAAAUCUCAUUUAGCGUUCCUAGAGAACUAUAUUAUUCCGCACAUGGGUCCUCCCCCAGAUAAAACAUAUCCCAGAUCGCUCCUUACCCCCAAUGGCGCGCUAUUUGAAGCCAGUAUCAACUUCAACAAUUCUGGGAAGGCAUGUGCACGAUUUACUUUUGAGCCUGUGAUGCCAGAAAGGGGGAGUCUCGCCGACACGCCAAUCCCCAGAAUCGCCGAGGCCGUGAAGGCAGACAUGCGUUGGUUUAAACAGUUCUCGGCAGAGUAUUUCCCAUCAGAAGAGGAGAGGGUGGUUAUUAAGGGCAAGAUGCCACCGGAUACCGCGCGAAUACCGCGAUGCUUCCUCGCUUUUGAUCUCGAUGGUAGAAAUAUAUCGAUGAAAGCUUAUUUCUCCCCCAUGAUGAAGCACAUGGCCACCGGCCUGGAUUCUGAUGAAGCCACCGUUAAUCUUCUCAAGCGGCUUGAUCCCUUUGGAGAAUCAUUCGUACCGGCUCUCAAUUUCAUCGAGAAGUACCAGUCAAUUUGCCAACACCCUCCUCUGGUUCAAGUCGUCGGUAUUGAUUGCACGGACCCUGGUAUCCGCGCGAGGGUAAAGGUCUACUCGAAUCCUCGCGAUAGCUCCUUCGAUGCAGUUUACGAACAUGUUACUUUUGGCGGAAGGCGUACCGACAAGGCCACGCUUGAAGGCUUAUCAGUCCUACGUGAACUGUGGCACUUGCUAAUUAACGAGCCCGAGGGACACGCAGACACUUCAUUUCCCAAGCCAGUGCUUGAUCCAAAUGACGGGCAUCGAGGCGUGUGCUGUAGCUGGGAGCUGCAGCCUGGUCAGGAAAUCCCAGAGGUAAAAGUCUACGUUGCUUUAUUCCAAUACUUCUUGGGAGAUUGA